GCGAGCGUGGUUUGCUUUGCGCCCUUUGCUAUGCAGUAUGACGCCCCAGGGGACGGCGGGCGUGAAUUGAUAAGUGCGAAGAGUACUUGACAUCGCAUCGCAAAAUUUUCAUCAGAACUGGACCAGGAGAAUCCACUUACUGUGAAGGAAGAUGUAUACAUCCGAGCGCCGGUCAAAAUACUCCUCUCAAAGACCGCGCACUCGCGCUCCACCCGCCGGCUCCUCGGUCUCCGGCACUUCAACUUCCACUCUGCAAGACAAACACAACGUCCAUUUCGCCGCCGCUCCAUCCCUCGCUCCAUCUGACAGUAUCUCGCGCGCGCCCCGCUCUUCACGCCAUGACACUUCCGCCAGCACUUCGCGCCGUUACAACAAUGCCACCCGCGUGACCCGAUACGACUAUUCCGGGGAAGUGAAGCAGUCCCGCUCUCGCACGUCUGGUGCUUCCUCGCAGACUGGCUCUGGAUCUGGCGCGCCGCUUACGGAGAACAACCUCGAGCGACUGAAUCAAAGCGAUGCCCCAUCGGUGUCCAGUGCUUCGCGCAGAGAGCCUCGCAGCAGGACACGGGAAACAUACCGGCAAGUGGACGAGUCGCGAUACGAGCAGAAGUCGAAACGCACCUACGCCACGCAGGCCAGACAGACUGGUUCUACAACUGGAGCCUCACGCCAGGACGACACGAGUCCGCAAGCGGGGGCCUCGAUUGAGAUCACGUCAAGCGCUUGGGAGAGGCGCAUUCACGUUGUCACGCGCCGCUGGCCGGAUGGAAGGGAGGAGACGGAGAGAGAAGUCAUGGUUGUGAGGCCGACGGCUGCUUGACGAGGGAAUGCGUCUCGUUGUGGGCUGCGGAGUUGUGAGCAUUGUCAUUUAGCUAGGCUUGCUAUUGGUCUUUAUCGGCGCUGCAUCUUGCACUGCAUGCGUUUUGGUGGAACGUAGAGCUAUGGUGCUCCUGGCUCGGCGUCUGUACGUUCCUUCUUCCGGGCUUGUCCGGCUGUGGCGUCAAGCGCGGGGACAAGAUAACUUUAUCUCAACCCGCAGCCUGGUCUUCUGAUCUUUCCACCUUUCUCUGAGGAGUAAGUCA